AUGGACCUGACGCAGCCUCUGCCGAACAACGGCCUCUCGCUAGGGUUCCUCACCCACGCCUCCUCGUCGCCGCCGCCGCCGAAUCGCGGCCACACCUCGAAGAUCGCCGACGAUUCAAUCUCUUUCCAGAUCGAGUCUCGAUGUCGGGAUCGCGACCCCUCGCCCCCAAUUCCGCUUCAACUGAUGGACAACCAGAUGGAGAAUCAACGUCGUGACCUCUGCGGCCGGAAUAACUCGAUCGAGGACAAGAAUUGCAAGGAGGAAUACGAGAGGUUCGAGGAGUUUCGGAUCCUGGGUCACCCCAUGACCCUGAAGCGCAAGCGCGAUUCGGAUUCGAGCUCGUCCUCGCCCUCGAUUGGAUUUAGGGUUCCUUGCGACGAGAUGGAAUCGAGUAGGAAUUCGGUUCGGGCAUGGGGGAACCAGAGCUUGAGAAAUGCCGACCCGGCUAUAUUCGGGAUAAUGGAGAAGGAGAAGGAGAGGCAGUUCAAAGGGAUUGAACUGAUUGCCUCUGAAAAUUAUGUGUGCAAAGCGGUAAUGGAGGCCCUGGGCAGCCACCUAACAAAUAAAUACUCUGAGGGGGUGCCUGGCGCCAGAUACUAUGGCGGGAAUCAGUACAUUGACGAGAUCGAGACUCUGUGUCGGGAUAGGGCCUUGGCUGCUUUCGGGCUGGACCCCGAAAGCUGGGGUGUAAAUGUACAACCUUAUUCGUGUACAUCUGCUAAUUUUGCGGUGUAUACAGGGCUUUUGCUGCCAGGUGAUCGGAUUAUGGGGCUGGACACGCCUUCUGGUGGGAACACGAGCCAUGGGUGUUAUUUGCCGAAUGGUAGGAAAGUGUCGGGGGCGUCGAUUUUUUUCGAGAGUUUGCCAUAUAAGGUGAACCCUCAGACUGGGCAUGUGGACUAUGACAAGCUCGAGGAGAAGGCAUUGGAUUUUCGGCCCAAGAUAUUGAUAUGUGGUGGGAGUUCAUAUCCUCGGGAGUGGGAUUAUGCGAGGUUUAGGCAGAUAGCGGAUAAGUGUGGUGCGGUGUUGUUGUGCGACAUGGCUCAGAUUAGCGGCCUUGUAGCUGCAAAGGAGUGCGUCAGCCCUUUCGAAUAUUGUGACAUAGUUACGUCCACAACCCAUAAAAGUCUUCGGGGUCCGAGGGGAGGUAUUAUUUUCUACAGGAGGGGCCCAAAAUUGAGGAGAAGGGGCGUGCUUUUAAAUUCUGGCGACUGUGGUGAUAGAUACGAUUUUGAGGAGAAGAUUAACUUUGCGGUUUUCCCUGCCCUCCAAGGUGGGCCCCACAACAACCACAUUGCUGCCCUUGCUAUAGCACUGAAGGAAGUGGCUGCCCCUGAGUACAAGACAUACAUGCAGCAAGUGAAGAAAAAUGCCCAGGCUCUGGCAUCUGCUUUGCUGAGGAGGAACUGUAGGCUGAUAACUGGGGGCACAGAUAAUCAUAUGCUGCUUUGGGAUCUAAGAAAUCUUGGAUUAACAGGUAAAAAUUUCGAGAAGGUGUGUGAGAUGUGUCACAUCACUCUUAAUAAAGUCACCACUUUUGACGACAAUGGAAAUAUCACCCCAGGUGGCGUAAGGAUUGGUACACCUGCAAUGACGUCAAGAGGCUGUGUCGAGGCUGAUUUUGAAGUUAUGGCUGACUUUCUACUUCGAGCCGCUCAAAUCGCGAGCUCAGUGCAAAAGGAACAUGGAAAGCUACCAAAAUCUUUUCUCAAGGGGCUCGAAAAUAACAAAGAAAUAGUUGAGUUACGAGCACGAGUGGAAAUUUUUGCUUCUCAAUUUGUUUUGCCGGGUUUUGAUGGGUAA